AUGGCAACGGUGAUGGGAGGAGUGGGAUAUGGAAUGUAUUUUGUCGCCAAUGUAUGCCUCCCUGCAACCUCAAAAGCUAGCCGGAUACUGAUAUUGCUCCAGCGGUAUAUCAAGCCCCUGAUUGCGCCACCGACCCCGCCUCAACUGGAGCAGGACAAGGAAAAUAUCGAUGAACAAUUCUCUCGCGCAUUCGCGCUGAUUGAGCAGCUCUCGACCGAUACCACAGCCUUGAAGGAAGCCGAGGACGCCCGGACUGAGCGCCUUGACUCGGCCCUGAAAGACGUGGAAAGUGUCGUGGCUGAAUUGAAGAGCUCGUCACGUCGGAGAGACGAUGAAACUCGCCGUAUCAGCGACGAGGUGAAGUCUCUGAAGGAUGCUAUCCCCAAGGCUCUGGAAGGUGCUCGCGAAGGCAACGAAAACCGGUUGAAGGAGCUGGGUAGUGAGCUGAAGAGCUUGAAAGUCCUUCUGGGUAACCGAUUGGGUGGCAGCGGUACCAGCACGCCGGCUGCUGGUAGAACCGUCGGGUCCUCCCAGCCCGAGACCCCUAUCACAAACGGCGCGCCUGCAUCCGUCGAGGAUGAAUCACCGGCGCCAGCGCCAGCGCCUGCAGCGGCCCCUCCGGCAAGCUCCACCGCAACCCCCCUCCGCCUGCUCCCGCCGCCAACAACCCCCUGUCGCAGCUCGGACGCUCUGCCUCUAUCCCGGCCUGGCAGAUGGCUGCCGCUAACCGGUCUAAGAGCUCCUCGCAGUCGACUCCGGCCACGGGCGCUGACAAUGCGACCAGCACCAGCGAGCAAACCGCUCCUCCCAGCUAAAAGACUGGAUGUAUAUUGUUUCGCUUUUUCUCUUUGA